GGUAUUACGGGGAACCUAAAAACGAAAAACAAUAUACUGGAAUUGGUUUUUGUAGCCCACAAUAAAAACUCACUCUGUUUCACGAUUCAAGAACGAAAAAACCCUUCAUAUUCUCUCUCCUCUAUUCCUUCCUUCCUCCCGUCUAUUUAGCGUGAAUUUUACCUUCAAAUUCUCAUUCUUUUUCUCUCUCUUUCUUUCGCUUUUUCUCUCCUCCUUUUGGCGGGACCUUUUGAAUUCUUUCCCCUAAAUUUGUUUCUAUUUUUACACUAUUUUUCACUACUAUUCUCUCUUUCUCUCUCAUCAAUAUUCCUUCAUGAACCCUAAUUUGUAAUCCCCUUUUAUUUUCUGAAAAUCGAAAUUGAAAUAGUUUCGUAGUUAUGGGAGAAAAAGGCGAGAAUGGGGUUGUUGCUGAACCUAAAUUGGAAGAAAAAUUAGAGGGAGAAGAUGUUGCUGAACCUAAACUGGAAGAAAAUUUAGAGGGAAAAGAUGGUGAUAAUAAUAAGAAAGAGAAUCAUGAUGAAGUGAUUCCGAUUGAAGAAAGAUGUGAGAGAAAUGAUGGAAAAGAUUGGCGGUGUAAGCUUCGCAAAUUGGAUGAUGACAAAUUGUGUCAGAAACACUAUGAUCAGAAGAAUAAGGCUAAAAAGGGUAAUUUUAAAAAGGGUGGUUCUAAAACUGAGAAGGAUGAUGAAGAAGAAUCAAUUAUGAAGGCUUUUCAGAAGAAAAAGGCUGAAUUAGUUGAAGUAAAAAGUGCCGAGAAAGUUAAUGUGAAAGUUGACCCAGAUGAAGGUGAAGAGAAAAGCGUCGAGAAAGUUGUCGAAAAAGUAAAGGAAGUUAAAGAGGAGAAGAGUGAGACUGUGAUUCCGGAGAAAAGGGGUGGUGAGAGUGUUGGAAUAGUUGCAGAAGAAAUUCCUGAAGAAAACCCUGAAAUUCCUGGAAAAAUCUCAGAAGUUCCUGAAGAUAACCCAAUAAAAUCCGAGAAAAACUUAGAAAUAUCUGAAGAAAACCAGGAAAAACAGGAGGAAAUCCCAGAUAAUUCAGAGCAAAACCAGUUAAAAUUGGAGCAAGAUGGAGAAGAGGAUGCAGAAAAUAAAGUUCCUAAGAAAAGGGGUCGUAAGAGGAUUAUAAAAGUUGUAGAAGAAAAUCCUGAGAAAACCCCAGAAAAAUCGGAGGAAAGCCCAGAUAAUUCAGAGAAAAACCAAGUAAAAUUGGAGCAAGAUGGAGAAGGGGAAGCUGAAGUUUCGAAGAAAAGGGUUCGAGAUGAUGCGGAGAAAGGACAUCAUAGUGAAGUAAUUGUUAGUGAUGACAAUGGUUUGGCUAGGAGGAGUAAGCGUAGCGGUGCGCGUAAGAGUAAUUAUGGAGAAGAUGAUGCAGUGCGCGUGUAUUUUGAGGAAGAUGAGAUGGAGGAGAAGAGCUUGAAACGGCGAAAGGGUGGGAGGAAACCGAAGGGCAAUAAGGCUGCUGUUAAGGGUGUUGAAGAAGAAGAGGAGGAGGAUAAUGGUACAGAGGUUGACACUAAGCCAAUUGGUGGGAAGAAGAAAAGGGCAGAGAAGAGCACACCAGGUGUUUGUGAAAAUGGUGAUGAGAAGCAUGGGGACGGGGAUGAUGGCGAGGCGGUUGUAAGUAAGCAAAGCCGUGGAAAGAAGGGAAAGAAGAAAGUGGUGGAGAAAGGCACACCGAGUGUUUGUGAAAAUGUCGCUGAGGAAAUAGAUGUGGAGAAAGACACAACUAGAGCGGGAAGGCAAACUAGGGCUUGUAGGAACAAGCCUCUUGUUUCAAUUCCGGAGAAAAAAUUGAAGCCAGAUAAGGCUUAUGACGACAAUGGAAUCAAGAUCGAUUCGGAUAUGUGUCAUCAGUGCCAGAGGAAUGACAAGGGAAGAGUUGUGAGGUGCACCAACUGCAAGACCAAGCGGUUUUGCAUUCCUUGCUUAGGAAACUGGUAUCCACAAAUGACAGAGGAGCAAAUUGCUCAGGCUUGCCCAGUCUGCCUUCAGAACUGCAAUUGCAAGACAUGCUUGAGAAUGGAGGGAUCUAUUAAGAAUCAAAUGAAGGAUGAAUUCAAAGUUAAAUGUGAAGAAAAGUUUGAGCAUGCCAUGAACACGUUGAUGACUAUAUUUCCAUUUUUAAAGGAAUUUAACCAAGAACAGAUGACAGAAAAGGAAAUAGAAGCCAAAAUUCAGGGUGUGUCAAUAUCUGAAGUCAUGGUCCCAACGGCAUCUGUUGCUAAAAAUGAGCGUGUAUACUGUGACAACUGCAAAACCUCAAUUGCUGAUUUUCUCAGAAGCUGUCCAGUGUGUGGAUAUGAUUUGUGUCUCACUUGCUGCCGGGAAAUUCGUGCUGGACAGCUGCAGGGUUGUGAAGAGGUGGUAAUGGAUUUUGUUUACAGGGGUUUUGAAUAUUUGCACGGUGAAAAAUCUAAAGGAACUAAUGGAGGUGAAGCUGCUUCUGUCCCAAAAAGAACUAGAAGGCAAAAAUCUUAUGUUGAAUCAGAGAAAACUACUUCAAGCACUGAUGCCCCUGCUCGAUCAGAGAGGACUAUUGGAAGCAAUUCUCCUGGGGUACAACUUGUAAAAAAUAAGGGAAAGCUUGAAUGGAAAGCGGAUGAAAAUGGCAGUAUAAGUUGUCCCCCUUCAGAGCAUGGGGGAUGUGGUUCACUGCUUGAAUUAAAUUCUAUCUUGUCAGAUGGUUGGGUUUCAGAAAUGGCGAAGGAAGCGGAGGAGGCAUUAGCAAAGUGGGGACAUAAGAAUUCACCCCAAACUCUUAGCGAGUGCUCUUGUUCUGAUUCUGUAUGCGGUGAUGACUGUGGAAGUGCUUUGAGGAAAUGUGCUUCAAGAGAAGGCUCCAGUGACAAUUUUUUGUAUUGUCCGGAUGCCAGAGAUAUAAAACAUGGUGAUUUGAAACACUUUCAGUUCCACUGGGCUCGUGGAGAACCAAUAAUUGUCAGGAGUGUGCUUGAAACUACCCCUGGCUUAAGUUGGGAACCUAUGGUAAUGUGGCGUGCUGUUCGUCAAAUUCAGAACACAAAGCAUUCCACAUUAUUGGAUGUGAAAGCUAUUGAUUGCUUGGAUUGGUGUGAGGUUGAUGUCAAUGUUCACCAAUUCUUCAAAGGGUAUUCAAAAUGUCAAUUUGAUCGUUCAGAUUGGCCUGUGAUACUGAAGUUGAAAGAUUGGCCACAUACUAGUAAAUUUGAAAAGCAUCUGCCACGCCAUGGUGCUGAAUUUAUUCGUGCAUUGCCAUUUAAGGAGUAUACACAUCCGCGGAAAGGAGUUCUUAAUCUAGCUACCAAAUUGCCUAAGGGAACUUUGAUGCCAGACAUGGGGCCAAAGACCUACAUAGCUUAUGGACUUCAUGAAGAAUUGGGUCGUGGUGACUCUGUUACGAAGCUGCACUGUGAUAUGUCUGACGCGGUCAAUAUUUUGGCACAUACUACAGAAGUUGCAGUGCCUACAGAUAAUCGUAAGGCCAUUUCUAAAUUAAAAAAGCAGCAUUUUGCUCAGGAUCAAAAGGAAAUUUUUGGUGUUGAACCCAAGGACUCUAAGGGGGUUGAUGGGUCCGGGUUAAAGAAACUUCAUGAUGGUGGCAGGGUGAUAGAAGAUGAUACAAAGUGCUUAGAUACAAUGGAUGUUGAAGCAGGAACAGAGGUCAAGGUAACUCCAUGUAAUCUAAAUGGUAAUGAAGUUGUAGCCUGUGAAGGCGUUGAUAUGGAUCUCGAUAUGCCUACAACUGUACAAACGAGUAAUGAUGUUGCUGCUGAGCACAACACUCUGAAGAGUAGGAUUUACAAUAAAAGAAAAAAGAGGCAAUCUAAGAUUCCUGAUGACCAUGAAACAGAACCCAAAUUGUCUAAGAUCUCUACUGAAGGGGAGAACAUUGUGCUAGAUGCUCAAGAAGGUGAUCCUGAUAAGGAUAUGGAAACUAGGGAUAAUGGAACUUCAGCUCCUCCAUCUGAGAACUUAGAAGGUUCAGAACCUCAUACUGGAGGUGCUCUUUGGGACAUCUUUCGAAGAGAAGAUGUCCCUAUGCUACAAGAAUAUUUAAGGAGACAUUAUCAAGAAUUCAGGCAUAUUCAUUGUAAUCCGCUGAAGCAGGUCAUACAUCCUAUUCAUGAUCAGACAUUUUACCUUACCGAGGAGCACAAAAGGAAGCUGAAAGAAGAAUAUGGAAUUGAAGCUUGGACAUUUGUGCAAAAUCUUGGAGAGGCAGUCUUUAUUCCAACUGGAUGUCCUCAUCAAGUUAGAAACCUAAAGUCAUGUAUAAAAGUUGCGCUUGAUUUCGUGUCCCCUGAGAAUGUUGGCGAGUGUAUGCGCCUAGCUGGGGAGUUCCGGGCUCUACCUCAAAAUCACAAGGCCAAGGAGGAUAAGUUGGAGGUGAAGAAAAUGACUCUCUAUGCCAUGAAGGCGGCUUUAAAAACAUUAAGGCCUGAGGGGAAUGAUGGGUCGGACCCCGAUGAAGAUGUUGAUUCAGAUCCUGAACCUGAGCUCAAGCCUGAGACCGGGUCAGAUGCCGAGUAAUUUAAUUGUAAAACAGGUCUGCAGUUAGUGGGUGUUUGCUCCUGCUAGUCACCAGAAAAAAAAGGCUUCUAUUUUGUAGUGCCACUAUAGUCUGCUGGGUAACUAUUUGAGAGGUAGUCUGAUUGUGUUAGUUAGGCCUGACGAAAGAUUUAGGGCAUUUGUGAAGUUGAUUGUACAGAUCUCUAAUCUCAAAAGGUGGGGGAAACUUCAUUUUGUUCUUUUGUUCACCUUCUACUUUUGUAUUCGGAUUUCGGAAUGGAAGCUCUAUCCUAUGUAAUUCUUCUAUCUUGAAUUCCCUCCAUUUCA